CAAUAUAUAGUAGAGACUGCAUUGAAGUUUGAGACUCACUCAGUGUCUGAGUCUCUCACGCGCAGAGUCCUCCAUUUGACCCAGUCGAGAAUGGAGGUUCAUCCUCAGACCAUCUCAACCUUCGAGCUCCAGUCAAAGCCUACCCCAUUUCCUUCUUACCCUCUCGACGAACUGGACAUCUCCUCCUCCUCAGACCUCGUUUCCCACGACGCCUUCCGGAGCCCCGACACGCCCGAAUCACCCUCCAUGGGCACUCAGAAACCAGACGGGUCGGACUCUCAGAACGCCAUCGUCGAACCUCCGCCGCCGAAAGACGGUGCUCAUAAAUGCGAUGGCUACGGUGGAUACGACGACGAGCCGCUGAAGACCGACAUGAAAUCAACGCUGCCGGUGGACCCCACCGGGAAGCCGUGUGAUGCGAAAGCGCCGGUGGGGGCGUGGUCGGAUAGAGCGGCGGUGAAGGUGCAGAAGGUGUACCGGAGUUAUCGAACCCGGCGCAGGUUAGCGGACUCCGCGGUUGUCGCCGAAGAGCUCUGGUGGCAAGCUAUAGACUAUGCUAGGCUGAACCACAGUACGAUCUCUUUCUUCAAUUUCUCAAAGCCCGAGAGUGUGGCUUCCAAGUGGAGUCGUGUUUGCUUGAAUGCUUCUAAGGUGGGCAAGGGUUUGUCCAAAGACGCCAAAGCACAACAAUUGGCUUUUCAGCAUUGGAUUGAAGCUAUUGAUCCCCGGCAUCGAUAUGGGCAUAGCUUGCAUGUAUACUACGAAGAGUGGUGCAAAGCGGAUGCUGGACAGCCAUUUUUCUAUUGGUUGGAUGUAGGAGACGGGAAAGACCUUGAUCUCCAACACUGCCCAAGACCAAAGCUGCGACAACAAAGCAUCAAGUAUCUUGGCCCUCAAGAGAGGGAAAAUUAUGAAUAUGAAGUUGUCGAAGGGAAAAUAUUUCACAAACAAACCGCAGAUCCCCUUGAUACAAUCAGAGGGUCAGAAGGGGUGAAGUGGAUAUUCGUAAUGAGUACCUCCAAGAAACUCUAUGCUGGUCGGAAAAAGAAAGGAGUGUUCCAUCAUUCGAGCUUCUUGGCUGGAGGAGCCACAGUAGCUGCUGGAAGGCUAGUGGCAGAGCAGGGAAUUCUUAAGUCCAUCUCUCCAUAUAGUGGACAUUAUCGGCCAACAGAUGACAGGCUUGACAGCAUUUUAUCCCUACUCAAGGAAAACGGAGUGAACCUUAAUGAAGUUAAGAUAUACAAAGCGAAUGAAGAUUCUGAUAGCUAUGAUGAUAACAAACUGAAUGGAGGUGGGGCUUCAGUUGAAGUUUUGACAAACUCAGAAACUCAGAAACUUGAAAGUCCAGAUAAAGAGGAGAAAACACCAUCCUCAGAAUCAACUGAAGUCCCUCAAACUGAAGCCAAAAACAAUUACCAAAGGACUUUAUCAGGUGGUCUCCAGAGCCCGAGAGCUGAGGUGCCUAAGAGUGCAAUAUUGCUACGAAUCAAUUCCAAGAAGGCAUUAAAAUCUUACCAAUUAGGGAAUCAGCUGUCACUCAAGUGGUCAACUGGAGCUGGACCAAGAAUUGGUUGUGUUGCUGACUACCCUGUGGAGGUGAGAGUACAGGCCUUGGAGAUGACUAACCUGUCUCCAAGAUUUCCACCCACACCAUCAUCCUUCAGAAGAAUGGCUGGUCUUGCAUCACCAACCGCAUCACCCACAACUCACCCUGGAUCGGAUAUCAACAAGGGUGAUGGGACUCAUCAUGACUGAAUUCACAUAUCACCAAGUUUAUGCUUUCUCCUAAUAGAAAUGCUUUACUGAAUGUACAUAUUUGCUAUGUUCUUUAUGUCACCUCAAACACCUUUUAGAAUGGUCAGACCAUUAUCUUGUUUCCAUAAUUGGCUCCUUCUCUGUUUUGCCCACUACAUUGAAAAGUCAAAUUGGCUCAGGUCAACAAUUUGAGGCAAAUAUUUUCCACAAUAGAAGCUGUAUGUGUUCUGUUGUCUUCAA